GUUACGAGCAUUUCUUGUGAAGUUUGUGAGCCAUGGGUAACGCAGAUUUUGAGUGCCCUCACCGAGUCGCCAUUCCACCAACCAAGCCAUUCUUGGAGUCCUUAAGCUCCAACCUCAAAGAAACCUUCUUCCCCGAUGACCCUUUCAAACAGUUCAAAAACCAGACUUUAGGACCCCAAAUUCUCCUCUGGCUAAAGUACUUCAUCCCCAUAUUCGAAUGGGCUCCUCAUUACACCCUCGACUUCUUCAAAUCCGACCUCGUGUCCGGUGUCACCAUAGCCAGUUUAGCCGUCCCUCAGGGCAUCAGCUACGCCAGCUUGGCUAGCAUCCCUCCUAUCAUCGGACUCUAUUCGAGCUUUAUUCCUCCGUUGAUAUAUGCCAUGCUUGGUAGCUCGAAAGACGUGGCAGUCGGGACGGUAGCGGUGGCAUCGUUGCUCAUGGCUGCCAUAAUGGGGAAGGAAGUCAGCCCCGUCGAACAUCCGAAACAAUACCUUCAGUUGGUUUUCACUGCCACGUUCUUCGCCGGUGUUUUCCAAGCUUCUCUCGGUUUUCUCAGGCUGGGGCUUAUUGUUGACUUUUUGUCGCAUGCAACAAUAGUGGGGUUCAUGGGUGGUGCGGCAACCGUGGUUUGUCUUCAGCAGCUAAAAGGAAUAUUAGGAUUGGUUCAUUUCACGCACGAGACCGAUAUUGUAUCCGUUAUAACCUCUGUUUCCUCUCAAGUUCAUCAGUUAAUUUGGUCAACGAAUUGCAGAGCAAGAAGAAACCGAUCUUCUUUUGGAUAAAUGCAUUGGCGCCUUUGACGUGUCAACGAAUUGCAGAGCAAGAAGAAACCGAUCUUCUUUUGGAUAAAUGCAUUGGCGCCUUUGACGUCGGUCAUCUUGGGAAGCCUUCUCGUCUACUUCACCCACGCUGAAAAGCAUGGAGUUCAAGUGAUUGGGCAUUUGAAGAAAGGGUUGAAUCCACUAUCUGCGACUGAUUUAGCAUUUGGAUCUCCUCAUCUCUUAAUUGCCAUCAAAACAGGGAUCAUCGUCGGAAUCAUUGGCCUUGCAGAAGGAGUAGCAGUUGGGAGAAGUUUUGCUGCAUUUAAGAAUUAUCACACUGAUGGCAACAAGGAGAUGAUAGCAUUUGGGAUAAUGAACAUUGUUGGUUCCUGCACUUCUUGCUACCUGACUUCCGGGCCAUUUUCAAGGAGUGCUGUGAACUUCAAUGCAGGAUGUAAAACUGCAGUCUCCAAUAUUGUCAUGGCAAUUGCUGUGAUGAUCACUCUGUUGUUUUUGACGCCAUUUUUUCAUUACACGCCCCUGGUGGUGCUCGCUUCCAUAAUCAUCACUGCUAUGAUUGGCCUUAUCAACUAUGAAGAAGUCAUCCACCUUUGGAAACUUGACAAAUUCGACUUUGUCGUCUGCCUCGGUGCAUACAUCGGUGUCGUCUUUGGCAGUGUUGAAAUGGGCUUGAUCAUUGCGGUUGCACUUUCUGUGUUGAGGGUGCUUCUCAUGAUCGCAAGGCCAAGAACUUUAGUAUUAGGUAACAUUCCCAACUCCACAAUUUACAGAAGCAUUGAUCAAUACCCAACAGCUGAGCAUGUGCCUGGAAUUCUCAUCCUUCAAUUGGAAGCACCAAUCUAUUUUGCUAACUCAAACUACCUGAGAGAAAGGCUUUCAAGGUGGAUUACUGACGAAGAAGAGAGGAUAAAAUCAUCAGGAGAAACCAGCUUGCAGUACAUAAUUCUGGACCUUUCCGGCGUGAGUAGCAUUGAUUCAAGUGGGAUCAGCAUGCUUAAAGAGAUUAAGAAGAGUAUUGAAAGAAAGGGGUUCAAACUUGUUCUUGCAAAUCCGAAAAGUGAGGUGAUAAAAAAGCUAAACAAGUCGAACUUUAUCGAGGCGAUCGGGCACGAAUGGAUCUAUCUUACAGUGGGAGAGGCUGUAACGGCCUGCAACUUCGUACUCCAAACAUGGAAGCCAAGUCCUGUUGCUGCUGCUGAAUUAGAUUCAGCUGUGAACAAUGUGUAGUCUGGAAAAUUACUCCAAGCUAAAGGAGAUCUAUUUGGCUGAUGGGGUCCUCUCACUAAGUCCACACAAGGUGGUAAUAUAUCCACCAAUCAGAACGCCACAUCAGUUAUGUUCUUAUCCACACCCAUGGAAAUUACUGUAUCCACUUUCUUUUUUUUAAUGUAAUACGCGAAAAUGAAAUUGGGUGAAAAUCAUUUAAGAGAGAUCAUUUUCACGCUUUCACAUCUUGUUUAUAUUUUCACUAUCGUCUCCAUCAAAUUUCCCUCAUCACAUGAUUAUCUA